GUCUGUCUAGAACAUAAGAAAACACAAAUUUUUUUGUCCCACAAAGCUACUGCUGACGGCAAAAAAUACCUCCAAAAUACCAUUAGCUUUAAAGCUCCACGUGUUUUCCUUUUAUUACCGUGAACACUCUCUUUAAAAAUUCCACUUAAGCAGCUUUCUGGGUUCAUCCAUGGCUUCUAUCUCCCCUGAAGAUAUACUGAUUGCUGUCCUGGCAUGCUGAGUGCUCAUGGCCAGACGGCUACUCACCUGCUCGCCGAAGCAUUUCUGCUCUCAUCAGUUGAGUUGAGUUGUUUGAAGUCAUCCCAAGCCUGACAGAGUUGCUGCUGCAAUUGUAUCACUCAACUGAAUGCUAGGUAAAUGAAAGAACCACAGGAGAAAGAAGGAGGGAAGGAAGGAAGGAUGGACAGAAUGAAAGCAGGAAGGAAGAAGGGGAGAGAGAGGGAAGAGGAAAUGUGGUUUUGUGAAAUCCAAACUGAAUGUUUUGGAAAGGCUUAAUAAAAAGGAAUCACUAAAAAAGAAAUUGCCAUCAAAUUAGAUGUGAGCAAGAUAACUAAACACAAUUUGGGUGUAAAUUUGUAAAACUCUGAAAGGAUUCUGCAACAGAUUGUUUUGCAAGGAUCCCUAGUUUCUUGUUCCACCGUAAUGAAACAAACUGGAGCAUAGAUAGAAGCCAAGAUAGGCUGAGGCAAGAACGUUGAUACAGAUCCGCCACCAAUGCUCAGAGAAGAGACCUUGCUCCCCAUCAAAGCCCACUGAAUAAAUUUACAUACUUAAGUUAAGACGUGGAAGGCAAGUUUGUGCACAUUUACGUUCCCACCCUUUGCAAGCUUUUCCAACACUGGUCCUCAUCAUGACAAAAGAGAGUGUCUACUGUAGUGGUCAUGUGGUAGCAGGUCAUAAAGUGCCCCCAAGUAAAUUUGGGGUUCACUGGAAGCAGAGAAGGAGUGCUAUUCGUCUUCACAUCCCUAGUCUUUAACACAAAAUUGAUGCUAAAAUUAUAUCUUGUUGAUGCAGGGAUGAAAGGGAGGGAGGAGAGAAGAGAGAGAAAGAUAAUGGGAAAGGGAGAAAGGAGGAUGGUCAGGUUUCGUUUUAUCACGCCAGGUUUCGGCUUAGGUUUGAUUCCGCUCAAUUUUGUUUCUAUGAAGCUUUGCAUCGCCACUGAAGAGAAAUAACGAUGUUUAUUAAUAAUAUUCAACUUACGUCUAAACAACCAAGUUAGGCCUUUGACACACAGAGUAUCUCAGGCAAGGAUGGUUUCAUUUAGAGAAAGAGAAAUCUACUGAAGAGAGUGUGACACAAAGAGAUUUGCUGUAAGGAUCCCGUGGAUUUACACAGACCCCUACCGACCUCAGUGGCGAGCUGGGACCAGAACUCCGUCUCCAACUCCCAGCUCGAUGUUGCUUCCCUCUCCCCUUCUUUCUUUUGUAGUAGACACAGGCUGUCCAUGGAACCAGAAAACCAAACAGUAGGCUCAGAAUUCUUCCUCCUGGGACUCACAGAAAAGCCAGAGCAUCAGACUCUCCUCUUUGGGCUGUUCCUGUCCAUGUAUCUGGUCACCGUCUUUGGAAACCUGCUCAUCAUCCUGGCCAUCAUCACAGACUCCCAUCUCCACACACCCAUGUACUUCUUCCUCUCCAACUUGUCCCUAGUUGACAUCUUCUUCUCUUCUACCACCGUCCCCAAGAUGCUGGUGAACCUCUGGACCCAGAGUCGAGCCAUCCCCUUUGCAGGCUGCCUCACUCAGAUGUAUGCCUUCCACCUGUUUGGGACCAUGGACAGCUUUCUCCUGGCCGUGAUGGCCAUUGACCGAUUCAUAGCCAUAGUCCAACCUCUGCGCUACUCGGUCAUCAUGAGCCCUCGUGUCUGUGUGCUGCUUGUGGGAGGGCCGUGGCUGAUCACCAACUUCCAGUCGCUUGUGCACACCUGCCUCAUGGCUCAACUCACCUUCUGUGGCGGCUCUGAAAUCUCUCACAUCUUCUGUGACCUCAUGCCCCUGCUGAAGCUCUCCUGCUCAGACACACACACCAACGAGCUGGUGAUCUUUGCUUUUGGCAUCAUCAUGGGCAUCAGCCCGCUCUCGUGCAUCCUCUUCUCUUACACCUGCAUUUUCCGAGCGGUCUUCAAGAUCCCUUCUGCUCAGGGCAAGUGGAAAGCAUUCUCCACUUGUGGCUCGCACCUCACUGUGGUGUCACUGUUCUAUGGCACCAUCUUCGCUGUGUACUUGCAGCCCACAUCUGCCGCCUCCUCCCAGAAGAACAAGGCAGCCGCCCUGAUGUGUGGGGUGGUCAUCCCCAUGCUGAACCCCUUUAUCUACAGCCUAAGGAACAAGGACAUGAAAGUGGCCUUGAGGAAGCUUGUCAGCAAAGCAGCCCCUCCUCGGUCCUAG